GGUUUGCAGAAGACAGAGUUGGACUGUGUGAACGUCCAGUGUGAGAAUGAAGAUCACUGUGUGUUUCCUGCUGUUGCUGCUGGUCGUCUCCGUCUCCACGGGUCAGCCUAAGACGAAGACACUCCAACAGCCCUUUCCACAGGACGUCCGCACUGUGCUGAGAGAGAUGACCGCCUCACUGGCCGUACUGAAGGUGGAGGUGACGUCCUUACAGGAAGUGAAUCAAGCAUCUGCAGCGAAGCUGAAAGAGCUGGAGAAGCAGGAGGCUGUGGUGGCGCAGCAGGAGGCUGAGAUCAAAAUGCUGAAGAAAAAUCUGGAAGCCCAACAGGUGGCUUUCUCAGCCUCUCUGUUGGCUGAUGGCGCGCAAACUAUCGGACCCUUCAACAAACACACCACUCUGAUCUUCAAACACGUCCUGACAAACAUUGGAGGUGCCUACGAUCCAAACACAGGUGUGUUCACUGCACCGGUGAGAGGAGCGUACCACUUUGAGUGGCACAUAGGUGUGCAUGCAUCCAAUACAGCCGCUGUGUUGGUCAAGAACACAAACCACAUUUUUGCAGUAGCUGAGCACCAGGGAUCCGGUUACGGGAGUUCUUCUCAAUGCGCUAAUCUGCGUCUGGAGGCUGGAGAUGUCGUGUUUGUGCGUUUGUGGCACGGUGCAAAGGUAUUUGACAAUAUGAAUCGCCAUACCACCUUCAGUGGUCAUCUGCUUUUCACCAUGUGAGAGGGAAACACUCCCUCCUUUUCUUCACUAUAUGUUUUUUAUCUGAAUCUGCAUGAAAAUCAUAGAAAAAUAAUGGUUAUACUGUAUUUCUUUAUUUUCUUAUCAAAGUUUAAAGUGAUUACAUUUUCUGAUUGUCAUUUGAAUUAAAGGAUAAACACUUUAUUGCA